GCAUACACACAACAAAAAAAACUGCCAGCGAACCCCAACAUAACAGGAAUAGCAGAUGAUAAAGACGCAAGAUGAAGACGGACAACAGCGAAGAAAAGGAUAUCAAACUAAAAGCCAAAGAGGAGUGCCACCUGCAGAUAGACCCAGCCUUGUUCAAGCUUUCGUCGGAGGAGAGAGAGUUUGCCGUAAAUGUAAAGGAAGCCAUUGAAUGUCUUCCCGAUGUGGAUAAUCUGUCCGAUUUCAUGUACGUCAACUUACCAUGAUGGGAGACGUGGAUUGGGCUGUGUCGAGGGUGUACAAGAUGCAAGAAGUCCGGCAAGAGUAUAGCAUUCUCUUGACAUACGAAGACGGUGUCCGAAGCAUCCAAGACAUGGUGGAACUGCUACCCGGCGUAUGGAUGUCCUACAUGUUCAAUCUAGAAACAGGCUUGUCGGUCAUGGUCAUGGAUUCUCCCAAGUAUCGAGCAUCCGUGUGGAGAGAUCCCAAAAAUGUAGAAAUUAUUGUCAAGGGAGCAUUCUAUGCCAUGUAUGCUACCCAUCCGUGCUUUGAGGUCAUUCGCAAGGGAAAGGUGGAUAUCUUUGAGUGUCAAGGGUUUCAGUAUGGAUCGGGCAUGGCAGAUUUGGCACAGUCUGCACAUUUCACCUCCUUGUCCGUCGGUGCCUUUCCCUCCAAUGUCACCAGCAAAUUCUAUCAUACACCAGUCAUGGGUAAGUUUCCGCAAACAUAUUGUUAUUUUGGUCUGCAUUGGUUUUGGGUCAUGGAAUAA